AUGCGUGACUCUAUGGUGCAGUUUAUGCAACUUCCUUCUAAUAGCCGUGAUAUCAACGUGAUUGAAAUCCUGCUUUCCGUUUUGAAGAGAGAGGUUAACAUGCUACCCAUACAUUGGACAUGGGAAGCAAAAGUGCAAUACAUAAUGGAGCACAAAAUAGAAAAUGACUUCUUAACAAAGUGUGGUGUGAACGCAAUCAAUUUGUUCGGACAAUAUUUACGUUCAACACUUCAAGGUUAUUUGUUGGACUCACAAGCGGAUCGAAUAGUACAAGCUUUGCUACGCCGUGUUGGCGCAGAUCGAAGUACGAAGUUUCUCUACAAUGAAUCGUUAGCCGCAAUUCAUUCGAUCAGUCGAGCGCUCAGUCCGGCCGUGAUCGUUAAUCUCCUAUGCCGACUGGUACUGGAGCAGAAAGCCAAAAGUGCUCAGACCCGAGUGGCUGUUUCUGAAAUCUUGCAUCAACGAAUCGAGGCAAUCACCCAAGAUGGGGAAGAUUUAGAUAAUUUCAUGCGUCAAUGCACUGCCGAAGGACUGGAACGUUUGAUCAAAAUGUUUAUUGCAACUCAUGGGCGAGAAAUAUUUCGACUAAUGUCCACAAUCAAAGGUAUUCGUGAACUAUGUCGACAAAAGCUAACGGAUCGUGUAUGGCGUGCGAUACAACCUCUACUACAGGUACAUGAGUACGUACACUUGAAAAAUUAA